CACUGUGUUGGUAUUUGUUGUUGUUCUCAUUGUUUACGAUUUUUCUCAAAUCUAUUUUGUGGUGUAUAGGUCAUGAUCCCAUAAUAAAUACAUAAAUAAAUACUUGAUCUGUCAAGAUGCCGAUCUUAACGCAGGGUGAUCAUGUUUGGAUCCCAACUUCACCUGGAGAGUUUAGUGUUCCUAUUGGUGCAGUAGUCAGGGAGCAUGAUGGAAAUCGGCUAAAACUUGUUGACGAUGAAGGAGAGGAACAUUGGUAUCCAGCUUCAGAAGCAAAGAAAUUAAAAGCUAUGCAUUUAACAAGUGCAGAAGGGGUUGAAGACAUGAUUCGUAUAGGUGAUCUUCAUGAAGCAGGAAUUCUUAGAAAUCUCUUCAAAAGAUACUAUGAGCACAAUAUAUAUACAUACACAGGAUCCAUUUUAGUUGCUGUCAACCCCUAUCAAGUGUAUCCAAUUUAUGAUGCUGCUCACAUCAAGAAGUAUCAAGGUCGCAAGAUAGGAGAACUUCCUCCACAUAUAUUUGCGAUUGCUGACAAUGCAUAUUAUUUCAUGAGACGAGAGAAACAUGAUCAAUGCAUUAUUAUUAGUGGAGAAUCUGGAGCUGGAAAAACAGAAUCAACAAAACUCAUCCUACAAUACUUUGCAGCUAUAAGUGGACAGCAUUCUUGGAUUGAACAACAAAUCUUGGAAGCUAACCCAAUCAUGGAAGCAUUCGGAAAUGCAAAGACUGUUCGCAAUGAUAAUUCAAGUCGUUUUGGUAAAUAUAUCGAUGUUCAUUUUACCAUGAAUGGCUUCAUUGAAGGAGCAAAAAUUGAUCAGUAUUUGCUAGAAAAAUCUCGAUUGGUGUCUCAGAUGAAAGAUGAAAGAAAUUAUCAUAUAUUCUAUCGUAUGCUUGUUGGGAUGCGCGAAGAAGAGAAACAAAAAUUGUUAUUAACUCGUGCAGAGGAUUACCAUUACUUAACACAAGGUGGCUGUUUGACUUGCGAGGGAAUGGAUGACGUGGAAGAGUACGCAACGAUACGUGGAGCUAUGAAGGUUCUUAUGUUCAAUGAUGCAGAAACUUGGUUUAUAUUUAAACUGUUGUCUGGCAUUCUACACAUCGGAAACAUUAAGUUUCAAACUAUUCGUGAUUCAAGUCUUGAUGCUUGUGAUGUCACUACUGGGGAUGCCUUAAAUGAUGCAGCUACCAUGUUGGAGGUUCCUGCAGAUAAAUUUAAAGAAGUACUUACAAACAGAUCUACAUUUGCCCGUGGAGAAGUCAUCGUCUCGCCUAUUCGAGCUGAUCAAGCAGCUGAUGUACGUGAUGCUUUUUCAAAAGGAAUCUAUGGACGGAUUUUCAUAUGGAUAGUUAGCAAAAUAAAUCAAGCUGUUUUUUCCCCACCAGAGAGCAAUGCAAAACGUUUAUCUAUUGGCGUGCUUGAUAUUUUUGGAUUUGAAAGUUUUGGUGAAAACAGUUUUGAACAGUUGUGUAUCAAUUACUGCAAUGAAAACCUGCAACAAUUUUUCGUACAACAUAUUUUUAAACUAGAACAGAAAGAAUAUGAUCACGAAGGAAUCACGUGGCAACAUAUUCAGUUUGUUGAUAACCAACUUACAUUGGAUAUGCUGGCACAAAAACCAAUGAAUAUCAUUGCUCUUAUUGAUGAAGAGAGUCGUUUUCCAAAGAGUACUGAUGAAACUAUGUUAAACAAGCUUAUACAACAUCACAAAAAACAUCCAUCCUUUCUUACAGUGAAGUCACAUGCUGCUCGAAUGUUUGGAAUUGUGCACUUUGCUGGCUCAGUAUACUAUAAUGCUGUUGGUAUUUUGGAAAAGAAUCGUGAUACGUUCAGUGGUGAUUUGUUUCAACUUGUGGCACAAAGUUCGUGCAAAUUCCUGACCCACCUUUUUGAUAAGGAAUUGAAAAUGGGUGAAGAAACCAGAAAAAGAUCUCCUACUUUGGGUGCACAAUUUAAGAAAUCUUUGGAUUUGCUGAUGCUGACACUGAACCAAUGCCAUCCAUUCUUUGUCAGAUGUGUGAAACCAAAUGAUUUUAAAAAGCCUUUGAUGUUUGAUCGAGAAUUAUGUGUUCGUCAAUUAAGAUAUUCUGGUAUGAUGGAAACAAUCAGGAUUCGUCGGGCAGGAUAUCCAAUUCGCCAUACUUUUGCAGCAUUUGUUGAUCGUUACCACAUGCUGGUGCGGGGACUGCCUGCAGCAACGAGACACAAAGUUAAAGAAGCAUCACAUAUUAUUGCAGAUAAUUCUAUCAGUGAUAAAGAUUGGCAACUAGGACAUACCAAAGUCUUUUUAAAGGAUGCACAAGAUCAAGAAUUAGAAAUGAAACGAGAUCAUGUAGUAACAGCAGGUGUUGUUCUUAUUCAAAAAGUUUAUCGUGGUCAUGUUCAGCGUGCGCAUUUCGUGAAACUACGCACCAAUACAAUAACAUUGCAGAAACACUGGCGAGCGUUCGCUGCUAAACGAAGAUACAAGAGAAUGCAACGUGGGUUUGAACGAUUACAAGCUAUGGUUAGAAGUCGUCAAUUGCAUUCGUCAUAUGAAGAGAUGCGUACGAGAGUGAUGCAGUUUCAAACUCGUUGUAGAGGCUACUUGGCUAGGCGAGAGUAUAAGAUUAAACUUGGUGCAAUUAUCACAAUUCAAGCUGGAUUCCGUAUGGUAUUGGCAAAAAAAGAGUUAAUAAAAUUGAGAAAUCAGUAUAUUAUUAAAAUGGAAGCAGAAAGGGUACGCAAAGAAGAAGAAGCCCGAUUGAAAAAGAAGCUUGGUGCAAAAGAGGCUGCUAAACGGGCAGAAAAAGCUGCUCAGCAACAUGCUUCAUUGAUGCACACAAAACUUGAAGAAGAGGAACACCAAAAGAAACAAAUGCUAGAACAGAAGAAAAAUGUUAUCAAUCGAGCAGAAGAACGUGCUCGCCACCUUAGAGAGGACGAAAUCAAUGAUUCUGAAGUAGUUGAUCAGAUAUUUGGAUUUUUACCUGGAAAUGAAGGCAUGAACGGAGGAGCUGGAACAAAGGCCUUUGGCGGUUUGGGCGGCUCUAAUCAGCAAUACAUAUUAGGGGAAGCUGAAACAUCAUCGUUAGAAAAAGGAGAAGAUUUAAAAGAUUUUGUUUUUCCCAAAUUUGCUACGACGUACUUCCAAGGACAAAACACGCAUGCUUAUCAAAGCAAACAGCUUGAGAGACCUCUGUUAUUUCACGAAGAUAAAAGUGAUAAUAUGGCUGCCCAAGCAGUUUGGAUCACAAUACUACGCUUUAUGGGUGAUAUGCAAGACCCCAAAUAUGGUAAUAAACAUGACAACACUCCUGUAAUGCACAAGAUUUAUGACACUGUCGGUAGGUCUGGCAUGCGCAGAGGAAGUCUACAAAGUUUAAGCAGUGGCCAACCUGCUGAAGGUGAAGUUAACAAGAAUAGUGUCAAACGAGAAACUCUUCGUCGAAGGAUUGCCUCUAUGACGCUAAAGAAAAAGUCGAAAAUAACGAAGGAAGUUGCAAACCAGUUGGCAGAUGGUGUAGAUCCCGAUCAAUCUGAACCAACAUCAGCAUUAAAAGCAGAGAAUAGACCAACAACCAAUCUUGAUAAACUGCAUUUCAUUAUUGGACAUGCCAUUGUACGAACUGAUUUGAGGGAUGAGAUAUACAGUCAAAUUUGUAAACAAUUAACACAAAAUCCAAGUAAAUCCAGCUACACACGUGGAUGGGUUCUUUUAUCAUUAUGUUUGGGAUGUUUUGCUCCGUCUGAAACGUUUGCAAAAUAUCUUAUGAAUUUCAUUCAAAAUGGUCCAGACUCCACAGUGAACUAUUGCAUGAAGCGUCUUCGUCGUACCAUCAAAAAUGGAACACGUCACCAACCACCAAGUUGGCUUGAAUUACAAGCUGUAAAGUUUAAACGUCAUUUAAUGUUACCAAUAACAUUCAUGGAUGGAAACACUAAGACACUACUUGCAGAUUCAGCGACCACUUCAAAGGAGUUGUGUGAAGAACUUGCAAAGAAAAUCGAUUUGAGAGAUCCUUUUGGAUUCUCAUUGUACAUUGCAUUGUUUGAUAAAGUUUCAAGCUUGGGAUCUGGUUCCGAUCAUGUCAUGGACGCCAUCUCUCAGUGUGAGCAGUACGCGAAAGAACAAGGUGCUAAAGAACAAAAUGCUCCAUGGAGAUUAUUUUUUCGAAAAGAAAUUUUUUCACCAUGGCACGAUCCAACAACUGAUCUUAUGGGCACUAAUCUUAUUUAUCAGCAAGUUAUUCGUGGUGUAAAGUUUGGAGAAUAUCGUUGCAACACUAAAGAAGAAUUUGGUGACAUAGCAGCCAAGCAGUAUUACAUUGAGCAUCGUGAUGACUUGAAACAAGAACGUAUCCAAAGUUUGAUACCAAAUUAUAUACCAGACACCUAUUUGCAAGGUCCUAAAACAAUAGGGAUGUGGACGAAUAUUAUUGAAACUCACUAUCGAAAGAUUGUUCGCCAACUUAGGGAAAAACAUGAUGCUUUUGUACAAAAGAUAAACAAAGGCGAAUUACCUAAAAAUUACCUUGAAGAGAAAGGAGACUGUCGUGAGCCAAAAUCUGUCAAAGAGGAUAUAGUGAUCCACGCCAAGUUCAGAUGGCCAUUGCUGUUUUCAAGAUUUUAUGAAGCGCACAGAUUUUCAGGACCAGUUCUACCAAGAGAUGACGUCAUAAUUGCAGUGAAUUGGACUGGAGUGUAUAUAGUGGACUCGGAGGAACGUGUGCUUGUCGAGUGCUCCUUCCCGGAGUUGUUAGCUGUCACCGGUGGCAAUGAUAAGGUUCCUGGACAGAGCUUCACGUUGUCGACAGUGAAAGGACUCGAGUACACUUUCACCUCGUCGAAUGCUGAAGAUAUACGCGAGCUGAUUAGUUUCUUUUUGGACGGUUUAAAGAGAAGGUCGCGCUACGUUGUUGCUGCGCAAGAUUAUCAACCAACAAGUGAAACUACGUCAUUCUUGAGCCUAAAAAAAGGCGACUUGAUUCUUCUUGAAAAAUCAACUGGUGAAAAAGUGAUGACGUCCGGAUGGUGUCGGGGUUAUUGCGAGAGGACGCGUCAACGUGGCGACUUUCCAUCGGAAUGUGUGUACGUACUUCCUACGCUGGAUAAACCUCAACAAGAUGUUCUGGAUCUGUUUUCUGGUCAGACGAGUGUCGAUUCAGACAAAUUACUGUCAAACGCUCAACCUUCGUUGGACGAUGAUGAUAUACCGAUACCUGAAGUUCCUCACACGUUGGAGAAUUAUUCCAUGCAACAUUUUAAUCCUCCACCAAAAAAAACUAUAAGUAAGACACUGAAUUCAAUCAGAAAAAUCAGGAAAGACAUACCGUGGUUGUUUUCAAAGGAGCCUAUCAAAUACCCCUUGUUGAAAAAGCUGAACAAUCAAGAAGACUUUGCAAGCAAGGCAACACAGACUUUCUUAGCUAUUAUGAAAUAUAUGGGUGACUAUCCAUCUUCUAAACAAAUACGAAGAACAACCGACUUGACUGAUCUCAUAUUUGAACACCCGUUACUAAAUGAACCACUACGUGACGAAAUAUAUUGUCAAAUCAUUAAACAACUCACCGAUAACCCGCAUAAACUAAGUGAAGAAAGGGGAUGGGAAUUGAUGUGGUUAUUAACAGGCUGUUUUUCAUGCAGUACUAACUUAACAACUGAAGUGAAAUUAUUCUUGAAAUCAAAGAGUCGUUCAAUGGGUAUUGCAAGUGAUUGUUAUCUUCGUCUCCACAAAACUAUCAGACAAGGACCAAGGAAAUAUCCACCACAUCUAGUGGAAGUAGAAGCUGUUCAGGAAAAAACAGUUCGUAUCUUUCAUAAAGUAUAUUUCCCUGAUGACACGAACGAGGCGUUUGAAGUGGAAUCCAGUACAAGAGCAAAAGAUUUCUGCAAUCAAAUAUCCGCAAAGUUACAACUGAAAUCAGCAGAAGGAUUCAGUCUUUUUGUCAAGAUAGCAGACAAAGUGAUCAGUGUACCAGAAGCAGAUUUCUUCUUCGAUUUUGUUCGACAUUUGAUCGAAUGGUUGAAGAAGGCGAAACCAGUAUCAUCGCAACGAGAUGGUUCAACUUUAAAUAUGAACUAUCAAGUGUUCUUCAUGAAGAAGCUAUGGACCACCACUGUGAUUGGAAAGGACCCCAACGCUGAUUCUAGGUUCCAUUACCAUCAAGAACUUCCCAAGUUGCUUCGCGGCUAUCAUAAGUGCAGCAUUGAAGAGGUCAUGACCUUAGCGGCGUUGCAAUAUAAAAUUCGUUACGGUGAAGAGAGAACACACCUACAACACAUAACACGAAGCCUAAAGAGCUUUGUACCGAUGGAGAUGAUACCAUUAGUUCAACCUGUUAAGUGGAAAGAGGGUAUCGAGUUUCAUUACCUGAAUUUGAGUGACAAACGAAGAGAGGAAUGUAAAGUGAUCUUCUUAAAGAUUAUCGCCAAAAAACCGACAUUUGGGUCUGCUUUCUUUGAAGUUCGACAAACAACAGAUACACGAUUUACAGAUCAACUGUUAAUUGCUGUUAACAAAAAUGGAGUUAAUCUUAUUGAUCCAAAAUCAAAGGACCUUCUCGUCACAUAUCCUUUCACGAAGAUCUCAAACUGGAGUAGCGGAAACACCUAUUUUCACAUGACUAUCGGCAAUCUGGUAAAAGGGACUAAAUUACUGUGUGAAACCAACUUGGGAUACAAAAUGGAUGACCUGCUGACGUCAUAUAUUUCUCAAAUGUUGUCGAACAUGAAUAAACAGAAGAACGUCAAAGGCGGAACAAUCUCUUUCAAACGUUGAUACCGGGUAGCUUUAAACUUUUGUCAUCUGUGUGACGUUUGGAUAGUGCUAUCGAUACAAACUUUAAAAUAUAUAGUUAUUUUUAUUUACCCCUGGUAGUAUUUUUUGAAGACAGGAAGAAAAAGUAUGAAAUAAGCCGUAAAUUUAAGCUAAACUUAGAAAUCUCCUCAAUACCUGGGAGAUUGCGAACAUUAAAAAGCGUUACUCCAUGAAGUCGUCAAGUAUAGAGUGGAAUCAUAUUCCGUUUUAAAAGACCAACUGUGUACAUACACGCUUUUGUUUUAUAAGAACACCCAAAUUCUAACCAGGCUGGUCAUUAUUUUUUGUUGCUCUAAACAACAGAUCUAUUAUUUUUGACCUGAAAUUCCAGCCUGAUAUUCUUAUAUAGCAUAUUCUUAUAAAGGAAAAAAGCGUGUAAAACCUUCACCGAGGUAAAAACCGAGGUAAUUUUGUUUUUUGCCUGCCACACGAAGUCGUGUUUUGAUUGUCAGUUUUCUUAAUAUCAUCUUUUUACGUGCUUGUACAGGAUGUUUUUGUUUAGAAUUGCACAUUACUUUUUUUUGAUUUUUCAAUUAUUAAAUUUAAAUGUAGAAGCUAUCUUCGCAAAACAAAAGAUUAAACGCACUUUUAUAAUACCACUCGUAGAACACAUCUAGCGUUCAAAAAAUAUUGUAGUUUCGCGUUGUAGCGGUUACCUGGUCAAUUUUCUAUAUAAACUCGCAACCAGACUUCUAUAAAAUUGGAACCAGAUUUCUAUUAAAAUUACAAUUACUCCUUUAUACCUAUCUUUUCUACAGAUAUAUUUAUGUAUUUAUUUAUUUAUAGCUAGGGAAUUUCGCACCUGUUUUUGUUAUUUAUUACAAGAAUAUUUUGUAAUUUUUUCAUAAUAAUUAUUAAGAGUUUUAACCGCACUAAUAAAGUCAGCAAAACAAUGA